GGAGACAAGAGAGUUAAGUUUUGGAUGAAACCACUAGAGGGGGACAACGUCUAUAUCCAACAGGGUGACAAUCAGAGAAGAAAACCACUCAAGCAAAUUACAACAGAGUCAGCCUGGAGCCAACAGUCUGCCAGAAGUUAAGGACCGAUUCUCUGACUCCCCCCAAUCCCAUUCCUCUCCGUGCUCCUUGUCCGAACGUGCGGACCGACCCCCACCCACCCCAGGCUGCAUCAGCAUGACAAAACAGUCGCCGGAGCUGAGCGUCCUGGCACCACCCGCUCUGUCCCACCUUGGAGAACAUCACGACCCUCAACUUGACUUCUGCAAAAAUGUGCCGCAGAGCUUUCCUCCAAGCGAUGUAGAUCGGAGCUCACCAGCCCGAAAUUGGCCUCACCACCCGGUUCAGAUGGCUCCUCAGCAGCCCCCGCGCUUGGAGAAACCCUCUGCGCGUUGCGGACAGAUCAGCAGCCCCGCGGGAUUCAUGGAUAAAGCCGCACAAACUCACUCAUCAUACCCAAAUGCAGAAGAUGCCCACUUGAAGCAGGAAACGUGGAGAUGUAAACGGGACAAAGGCUGCGCUGGCGGUGGGAAGAAGAAGAAUUAUCAGCGUUACCCAAAACCACCAUACUCAUAUCUUGCAAUGAUCGCUAUGGUAAUCCAACGGUCCCCGGAGAAGAAGCUGACGCUGUCUGAGAUCCUCAAGGAGAUCAGUACCCUCUUUCCAUUUUUCAAAGGAAACUACAAAGGCUGGAGGGACUCUGUGCGGCACAACCUCUCCUCUUAUGACUGUUUUGUUAAGGUGUUGAAGGAUCCAGGCAAGCCUCAGGGAAAAGGAAAUUUCUGGACAGUGGAGUUGAGCCGUGUUCCUCUGGAGCUGCUUAAGAGGCAGAACACAGCCGUGUCACGCCAAGAUGAGACUAUCUUCGCUCAGGAUCUAGCCCCCUACAUUCUGCAGGGACACAACCCAGAAUCUGAGCCACCCCAUGAACCUGUGACCUCUCUCCCACUCGUGCCUGUAAAUCCUUCACCCCCGCAAGAGGACUUGUUCCGACCCAAACUGGACUCAUCCUUUGCCAUCGACUCCUUGCUACACAGCCUGCGGCCAACAAGUGCUUCUGGUGAUGUUGACCUGUCUGCUAAAGACUGCUGGGGUGAGGUGGAGCGGCCUCGGCUCUCACAGGCUCAACGACCUCGUUACAUCUCCACCACCCGUAGUGCCUCUGCCAGCUCUGCAAGCCCUGCCUCCACCUCCUCCUCCUCCUCUUCCUCUUCUGAUGAGGAAUGGAAAGGAGUAUCCCACACUGGGAAGCGCCUUCCUCCUUAUGGUGAGGCAGGGUCAGAUGGUUAUGAGGAGUGCAGACCGCCACUGCAUAAAUCAGCAAGACGAGAAACUGUUGCACCUCCAUGGGAGCUCCCUACCUCCUAUGCUAAGUAUGCUCCCCCCAAUGCUGUUGCCCCACCUAGCAUGCGAUUUAACGGAGGACCUCUAAUGCCGCUGCAUGGCGGACUACCCCUUUAUGGCUAUGGUGGCUCUCCUGUGGCACCUGGUCACUUCUUAGGUCAUGCCUAUUGGCCCAUCCUUCCCAGCAGACGGGUCUCAGUUCAAGCCCCUCCCCUACUCAUGGACCUGGACAACAUGUUGCAAUCUGUGCCUCCAAAUAAGAGUGUGUUUGAUGCACUGGUAGCAACCAAUCAGAACUCACACUCACAUCAUCAACCACAGAGUCAGUUUGCCCUGCAGAACGGGGCUCCUGUAAACAGGUACCAUCAGUACUGAAGGUCAGACUGAAUUACUGCCACUAAACUAGACACUAAAAUACCAUAAGGUGGGAGGUUUUAGUUUUUCAGGUCAGUUUUUCUUGAAGAAUCUGUGGAGUAUUACAUAAUUUCAUUGAAGCAAAACUACCUCAAACUAUAUAACAAAGCAAAUAUCUACCUCAAUGUUUCAGUGAAACUUUGUACUACUACAAGCUCUUUGCACUGCAGAUCUUGUUUGCACUAUUUUUAUUGGCAUGCUGUACCUAUUGCGACUGCUGAAUGUAUUGUUUGUACAAUCCCAUAGAAGCUGUGAUGACCUCAACUGUUAAAUGUAGUAAAUUUGAGCUAAAAAAAAAGUCAAAGACCUUGUUAAUUUAACCAGGAUAAAACUAUAAUCUUGGACUAUUUGGUAGAUAAGUUGCAUAAUUUCAGUGAAAAGACUCAUUUUUGUGUUUAUACAUUUAUGCUAUAACACAGGACUGUUAGCUGUCUUAAAGGUUAUCCCUGUGUUAGAUGAUUUUAGCAGGCCUGAAUGGUUUGUGUUAUUUCUCUGUGCUAUUGUUUCUCUUUAUCUUUUACUUGUAAAGAAAAACCAGAGAAUCCCACACACUUACACACUUAUGUGCAACUAAUAUAGUGAAAGUGGAUUUACCACACAACUACCUCAAACUGUACCCUCUCUAUUUGCACUAUUUUACUCUCAUUCUGUUCAUCUUCCACUGGAAACUGUGUUAAGUCUCCCUACCAUGAUGUGAAUGUUUUCAGCUUUCUGUGGUAUUGUUAAAGAUAAAUGCAGUCAAUAACUGAAGUGAGAAGUUAGCUGUGAAGUUUUAAGUGUCCAAGGAAAGUUGUGGUGUUGAACAGGGUUUCUAAUAAAUGCUGUAUGUUUUAA